AUGUUUACUCAGACUCCAGUUGGUGGAAGAAGAGUACGUAAUCAACGUCAAUUGUCUAGAAUUAUUAGUGGAGAUCGACCAGCUGCACCUCUCCCAUCAUCAGGGGCUUCUCCAUCAUUUUCAUAUGGUUCUCCCUCUAUUAACCCCCCUGACAUUCCGACUCUUCAUGAUACAACAGUUAGUCUUGCAUCUGCUCUUAGUGCAGCACAGAAGAAUGCUCAGAAAAAAGAUUAUAUAAGUCCGAAUGUUAAUACUCUUUUGAAACAGCCUAAAUUUUUAAAACAAGAAUAUACAAAUAAUAAACCUUUAUCUUCUCAGAAUCUUAAUAAUACAGAAUAUAAAAAAAGGUCUCAAACAGCUAUAAAAAAAUCUGAAGAAAGUUUAAAUAGUGUCUUAAAUAAUGAAAAUUUUCAGGAAGGUUUAUUGGAUUUUGAUGAAUCAGGGAACUAUUCUGAAGAAAACUUUAAUCAAUCUCGAGAUAUUAAGAAAGAUGAUAAAAUAACUCGUUAUUAUUUAAGGGAACAUAACAGUAUUGAUGGUUAUUCGCGUAUAUCAUUGAAUUAUGAUGCAACUAAUAAUUCAGUAAAUCCGGAAAAUUCCGAAUCUCAAUCAUAUGAAGAAGAGGAAUUUUUGUAUACUCAAUUAAAUGAAAAUGAUUUUAAAGAUUUUUUUGAUGAAAUUGAUUAUGAAUAUAGUGUUUCAGAUGAUGAUAAAAACGUAGAUGAUCAAGAGUAUCUUGAGGAUGGUGAUUAUGAAAAAAGUUUAGAAAAAAUAUUAAAUUUUCUACAUUUUUGUUGCUCUUUUUUUUGGCCAGUUAAAAACAUUGUUGCGAUAUUUUCAUUUAUGAUUAAUUCAGUUUUAAAGAUUGUCACCCGAAAAAUAUACACCGUAUUUAUUAUUUUUUCUAUAAUACUACUCAUGAUUAUUCCAGGUUUAAUAGAGAAAAGUUUUAUAAACUCAAAAUGGUUUAAUUUAUCUCAUCAUCAACCAAAAUAUAACUUUUCAUUCUCUCAAAAUACAAAUGAAUUAAUGCAGCAUUUGAUUCUUUUAGAAAAGACUCUUAAAAAUUAUGAAUCUAUGGUACAGGGUAUUCUACAUGAUAAAAAAAAACUAUUUAAAGCAAUAAAAGAAGUAGAUGUUAAAAGAUCGGAAAAUUCAGAAAUAACAAAAUCAAUAAAAAAGGAACUUGAUGCAUUUAAGAAUUCUUUUGAAAUUAUUAAAAAGGAAAUAUCUUAUAUAAAGCUACAAGAUAGUAAAAGAGAUUUAAAAAUUAAUGAUAUUUUUAACUCUUUAUCUUUUUUACAAGGAAAUGUUUCAAAAUAUGAAAAUCAAUUUAUUAACCAUGAAAAAUCAUUAAAAUCUUUCAAUGAAGAAGUUGUCACUGUUAAAAAACAUGUUGACCAUGUUUAUCAAGAAUUUACUAACUCACAGAUAAUUCUUAAAAACGAUUUAAAUGAUAAAUAUAUUACAGAAAAAAUUAUUAAUACUCUUGAAUCUUAUCUUCCAUCACAGCUUGUCGUAAAAAUAGACCCUAAAACAGGAAAAAUUGAUAUUAGUCCUGAAUUUUGGAUUCUUCUUCGAGAAAUUUUUCCUGAUCGUAUAGAAAUAGAUAAAGCUUUAAAAACUUCUUUUUUGAAAAAUUCUAAAAAUACAGAUACUUUAUCUUUAAUAUCAUGGUCUAAUUUUCUUAAAAAUAAUGAAGAAAAUAUAAAAACAUUUAUUAAAUCUCAAACAGAUGAAGAUUUAAGAAAAAGUCAAGAAAAUGGUUCAAUUAUAUCCAAAGCAUAUUUUAUUAAUACUCUUAAGGAAAAUCUAAAAAAGAUUCAAGAUGACUUAGAAAAAGACCUUAUAACAAUAAAAACUCAAAUAAAUGAUCAAUUUAAGAAAUUAGAUUAUACUUAUAAAAAUAAAAUACAACCUAGUCAUUCAGAUCACUUAAAAAAUACUAAGAACAUUCAUAAUAAGGUAGUUGAAACUUUGAUUGAAACAGCUUUGCAUAAAUAUUCUUCUGAUGUUUUGGCUCGGCCUGAUUUUGCUCUUUACUCGUCUGGUGCAAGAAUUAAUCCAUUUCUUACAUCGUCUACAUAUUUGCAGAGGCCAACUAAGUUUAUUCCGAAUCUUUUAUCAAAAAUAUUUUGGGAUAUUGGAUGCACAUGGGGUUAUCCACCUGCAAUGGCAAUUCAUCAUGAAAAUAACGUAGGAAUGUGUUGGGCAUUCCCUGGGUCUAUUGGUCAGAUUUCUAUUCGUUUAAGUGAAACCAUUUUUUUGACCGAUGUGACUAUUGAGCAUGUUGAUUCCAAAAUUGCUCAUGAUGUUUCUACAGCACCUCGAGAUAUUGAGCUUUGGGUUCAAGUAGAUGAUCUUCAUAUGAGAGAAAAAAUGAUUCAACAAAGUCUUUCUUCCAUCAAACAGUCUGAAAAUAUUAUUCCUCCAUCAAAAUUUUAUGUGUUAGCUGCAACUAUGACUUAUAACGUUUUCUCAACAUAUCCAAUUCAAACAUUUCCUAUUCCAGUUGGUAUAAGACAAUUAAAUAUUCCUAUAGAAAAUGUUAUUUUCAGAAUUAUUAAUAACUGGGGAAAUAAUAAAUUUACAUGUUUAUAUCGUGUUCGUGUUCAUGGUACAAGUCUUUCACAUCAAAAAACACGUCCUGAGUAUUAA